AUGACGAGGGAGCGGAUGCGUGAGCUUAUUGGGGAGGACUGGAAGAAGGGGUUCUUUAUUGAGAGGGUUGAGUUUGAGGGGAUUAGGGCUGUGCAUUUUGUAAUUUAUGGGAUUUUGGGGAGGGGAGUUAGUAGUUCGAGUCGGUUGGAUGGGUUUGGGAAGGGGUUUGUGGAUUAUGUUCGGGAUAAGGUUGUCGGGGUGCCGGUUGGGUUGGUGUAG